AUGGCAAGAGCAAACGACGGCUGGGUUAGCACUGCAAAAAAAGAUAAUGUUCACGACUUUUGGACCAGUAAUGUUCUCAAACGUAAAGUACCGCAACCUAAGGUUCAAAGUUUGCCACCUUUGAAUUUACGUUAUGAGACAAUUGAUUUUACGGCUGAUAAAAAAUGGACUGAUCAAGCACUAAUUUCCACUCGAAGUGUUGACAAUUUUCUAGCUGAAUCCGAUGCAUUUCAACGAGCGUCUUUUGCAAAUAUCGUCGAAAAAUGGAAGGAAUAUGAAAAGAGUAAAAGCGACCGUCUAUUAUCAUCAUUUGAUGCUCAUUAUAAUAUGAAAUUACGUUUUCGACAUGAUGAAAAAUUAAAUCGGUCGUCAGAAAUGAAAUAUGCUGCGAUGGCAAAAUAUUAUCGAUUCAUAGGCAGUGAAAGUAAUCCAAAAAAUACUAAACCAUGCCUUCGUCAUAAACGUCUUACACAAGAAUACGAAGAAAGACAUAUACGUGAAUUAUUAGAUUUACAAACAACACCUAAAUCCCGUAGUCGUCCAUACUUUUUCCGAAAAGACAAUGAACUUGCACCUAUUGACACUGCUGCUCAAAGUUCAGCAGAAAUUAGACCGUCCAUAUCCGUUGCUGAGCAGUCACAUCAUUCAUUUGUUUAA